AUGCGCCUCAUCAAUGUAGAUACCCUCGCACUGGAAGAAUUCUUCGGCAACGAUGUACCCCGCUAUGCGAUCCUCUCCCAUACCUGGGGCCCAGACGAGGUCUCCUUCCAGGACUGGAAGAACAUGGCCGUCGCCCGCGAGAGGGCAGGGUUCCAAAAGAUCGAGCUUGCCCGGAGGCACGCUAUCAGCCAAGAGAUAGGGUACCUCUGGAUCGACACCAACUGCAUCAACAAGGAUAGCUCGGCUGAGCUGGCUGAGGCCAUCAACUCCAUGUUCACGUGGUACAGGGACGCCGAGAUUUGCUACGCCUACCUCUCUGACGUCUCCGAGGCCGAAGACUGCGAUGAAGCCGCUUCCAAAGAUGCCCUGCUGUCUAGGAUAUCUCAAAGUCAGUGGUUCACGCGCGGCUGGACGCUGCAGGAGCUUCUAGCCCCCCGCCAAGUCUUGUUCUUCUCCCGGGAGUGGAGACAAGUCGGCACGCGCAAGUCGCUGGUAGAAAUCAUUUCCAAAGUCACCGGUAUCAGCACUGCCUACUUGGUUUACAGGCGGAAACGGAUAGCGCCAAUCUCCGGCGCCAGUGUCGCGGAGAGGAUGUCGUGGCUCUCAUAUCGCAAGACUUCCCGCGUGGAAGAUAUGGCGUACUGCAUGCUCGGAAUCUUCGACAUCAACAUGCCGCUGCUGUACGGCGAGGGCUCGAGGGCAUUCACACGGCUGCAGGAGGAGAUACUCAGGAUCUCCACGGACGAAUCGCUCUUCUGCUGGUCCUGGAACGAGGAUGACCCGCCAUCGUGGACGAGUAUGCUGGCGCCGUCGCCACGCAACUUUAGGAACGCGCGGGAGUAUCGCCCGGCAAGGGACGAAUCCAGCCGGCCGGUACCAUACUCAAUGACCAAUUUUGGCCUCUCCAUUCAGCUUCCAAUCAUUCGACUUGCUGAGAUGCCCCGCUCGGACAUCUGGCUUCGCCCGUUUGAGUACAUCGCCGUGCUCUCGGCGGGUACAACAGAUGGCCAUCUUGUCGGGAUUCCUUUGGAAAAGACGCCAACGUUAGACACUUACAAAGUUGUGCGAGACUGUCCACGGCCUAUUGCGUUGUGCUGGAAGAACCGUUCGUCGCUCAAGACAGAUGGUUGA